UUCUUUUUCUCAUACUCGUAUAUAUAUAUAUAUCAGUAAAAACCAAACAAAAAAACCGACCCAACUAUGAGAUAACAACGAAGAAAAUGAAAAACAUGGUUCCUUCAUCUUCUCCUUGUUCUUCCAAGUCCCUUCCUCCUACUCCUCCUCCACCUUACCAAUCCCCUCUUUUCACUCCUAUUCAAGAAUGUGAAAGGGAAGAACAAGAAGAUGGUACACCAAGUGUGACGACGGACAAAGGGCUGACGCCGAAGCACCUCCCAACACCCCUCCAUGACAAAACCACUAGAAAACCCAACGCUAGGAAACGUUCGGAAUCUGGUGGUGGUGAUGGAGAUGGCUCGGUUUCUUGCAACAAAUGCAGGCCAAAUUCUAGGGAAAAGAUCUCCGUGGUUCCUUUGGACAACAACAAUGGAGUUAACAAGCAUUCCUUUUCCAUGCCAAGUCCAAAUGGGAUUUUCAAGUCCAUUUUCCAUUCUUUAACAAGGAAGAGUCCUAAAUCAACUGAUAUGUCUACAGACAGAGAAGAACAAUGGAAAAUUGCUGCUGCUGAACUCUCAAACAAGCUUAUUCAAGCUACGAGGAAGAGAGAUGAAGCAUUAAUGGAAGCUUCGAGGUUAAAAUAUUCCAUGGCUGAACUUGAGAAGAAGCUUAACAAGCUUGAAGUAUAUUGCCACAAUUUGAAGUCUGGUCUAGAUGAAUGUAACAGCAACUCUCCUUAUAGAAUGGGUCAAACUCAUAAUAUUCAUCAAGUGAAGAAACAAGAUGGGGUCAUUGGAGCUAAUGAGAAAGUGGUUCAGCAAUUCUUGGCUUCUGUAUCUGAAUCCAGGUCUUCAAUCAGGCUUUUAAGUAGAUCACUCACCAUGCAAUUAAGGCACAUGUGUAGCAAAGUUUAUGAGAGAAUAUCUGUGCUUUUACAGCCUUAUGAUAUGAAGAUUUCUCACUCGAAAAACCCCAAAAGCCUUCUCCUUUACCUCGAAGCUUUGUUAAACAAAGCUUUCUUUGAAGAUUUUGAAUCAACCGGGUUUCAAAAGAACGCGGUGAACCAAAUAUUGAACCCCAUUGAUCGUUGUGAAGCUAAUUACAAGUCAUUCAAUGAAUUACAAGGUCUAACAUGGGAGGAAGUUCUGAAUAAGGGAACAAGGCAUUUCAGUCAGGAGUUCAGCCAGUUUUGUGACAGGAAAAUGAAUGAAAUUGUGGCUAUGUUGGGUUGGAACCGAGCUUGGCCUGAACCAUUGCUACAAGCCUUUUUCGGUGCCUCAAAGAGUAUGUGGUUGGUUCACCUUUUGGCCAACUCGGUUCAUCCUGGUUUACCAAUCUUCAGGGUGGAUAAAGGGGUAAGGUUUGAUUCAGUAUACAUGGAGGACAUGGAUGGAGAAAGAGCCAAGAAAUUGGUUCCAAGCAUGGUACGGGUCAUGAUCACACCAGGGUUCUAUGUCUAUGGCAAUGUAGUCAAGUGCAAAGUCAUUUGCCGGUACUCCAACAAUGUGGAUAGUAGUUUAAUUGAUAAGGGUUUAACCUCAUCAUCUCCUUAGUGUUUAAAUUCUUAGUGUUUAAAUUUAAGUAGGUAUUGAUUAGAACUCAAAAGUGAAAUCCCUUUGAUUACUUUUGCACUUUGUAAUAUUUUGGUGCUAGUUUAUAUGUGCAAAUUGGGUAUUUAUCAA